UAAAAAUAGAUAUGGUUGCUAACCUGGCAAAUGUUGAUAUCAUAUUUUGAUCAGGUCAAAAAGAAAGAAUAAAAGUUUUUACACUUUAAGAAUCUCCCAUAUGAAAAUGAAAUAUUAAAAAUUGUCAACAACUGAUAAUUUUUGAAAUUUAGUUUUAGUUCUGAUAAAAUUUUUAUUUGUAUUAAUUCUUAUUUUUUCAAGAGUAAUGAUAGUUUUUAGAUUUUUUUAAUGUAAUUUCUUAGCAGUUCCCACUUCUCAGAAACACAACAGGUAAUACGACAUCGUUUAACCAGAUCCAUCAACUUCCAGUCUCGACUUUAACUCAAAUCGUCCUUGACGCUCCCGCCAACGAGAAACUAAAUUAGUUUGUAUUUUUUUUUUUCCAAAAAAAAAAAAAAUACCCAACUCCCACAUCUCCAGCUCCGGCUGCCGUGCUGGAAGGAGACGAAGCCGCACUCCCUACUCAGAUACGAGUCGGCGGGAGGGUACGUAUACGCCGGCGGUAGUCAUUCCUUCUGUGGCGACCCAGUCUGACAUCGGCAAGGAAUUUGACGGCCAUUGUUUCGAAGGGUUCUGUUACCAAAACCUAGGGCUUGAAGGGCAAACCAACAAUUUUCUGAGGCAAUGGAUGAUUCGUCAGGGAAAAUUGACUUAGACAAGCUGAUUUCCUACAGCGACGACCUCGUUAAGGUAUUGAACAAACGGGACAUCAACUGCUUGACCCAGUGUCUAGAACAGUCAAACUCCCUUUCUUCCUCCUGCAACGCUGACUUCAACGAGGUUCGAUCAUUGCUUGAAGAUUACCGGAAAAAAAUAGAUGAAUGCAAGCACAAAACAGAGCAAGCUAGAUCUGAGGUUGUUGCAGAUGCAGAACUGGAUCUCCUACAAAGAGAAUUAGAGGAGGAACUUGAAAAAGAACGCAUGCUUGGGGAGGAGCUUAGGUCAUGCAGCAUUGAAUUCAAUGAUCUUGAACAGCAAAGGAUUUCAAUCCUAGGGCGAAAGAAAAAUUUACAAAAACUUGAACAAGAUGAGCUAAGGGCACAGAUGACGCUUUCAAUGUAUGCUUCUGUCACGAAUAUUAUCCCAAAUUUGGAGGACCAAUCCAAAAUUUCAGGCUAUAUCGUGGAAAAGGAUAAAAACGCAGUAGAGAAGUUUGAAUUUGACCCCUCAAAGAUGACUGCCCUUGAUGUAUGUAAUGAAAUCUGGAAAAUUGUAGAUUCAUAGUAACUGUCAGACAUGCUUCUUUGGGAUGAUAUUUGUAACAUUAAUAUCAGCUAAUGCAUCUACGAAUCUUGAAAUGUUUAUUUAUUUAAUGUUGAGCUGUUAACAAUAUUUCUAAGAAUUUGAUUGAUGUUGUUGUUGUUGA